AUGAGCCAAUUAACGGUGGAAGAAGGCUAUUCGGAUAAAAUAGUGCAUGAAAUGUUAUUUGAAUAUGAUAAAACAUUUAUGCCUGUACCAGAUAUAGAAUAUGAGCCGCACUUACUAAUUUCUAAAGUUCGUAAACACUACAUGGAACACAUAAUUAAACUUCUAUCUAUUAACUAUGAAAAUAAUCAAAGACCCCACACUAAAAAUAUACACCUGCCUAGCGCAAUAUGGAGAUGUGCGAAAAAUAUUGAAAUCACUGCCGCUCAAACCUGCAUGGUAGUGCAACUGUAUCGAAAGAAUAUUAUAUCAGUGAUUAAAGAAUUAAAACAAGACACUAAGAAAGGCAAACUGUUUGGGAAGUUAUGUGAAUAUGUUUAUCAACCACCACAAAAUGAAAAAAAAGUCCAAACUUCCCUUAGCAAGUCCAGUGAUUGCACUUGUCAAUGCAUUUGCAACCAAAGAAAAAAACGUCGUAGGGAAUCUGAUCCAUCAAAACAGUCUGGAGUAGACUUUGUUACAUCUACAACCAGUAACACCAGUAUUGAUAAUUAUAAAGAUCAAAGUGAAAAAUUGGCAGAGCCAUCUUUACAUGCAGGUAUUGAAAAUAGUGAUCUUACUCAGAAAAAAAAUUGUUUGGAUCCACCUCUGCACAUGUCUAUUGAAUCACAAGAUUCAGACGAGCUGAUGCAACAAUUAGAAAAGUUAUUUCAAGAAGACUACAAUGAUGACGAUCUUUUUGAAGGUUCAUUAUGCAAUAUUCCCAGUUCUUCAAUGUGUGAAGUAAACCCAAAUAAGUUGCCAGAAGAAAGCAACAACAAUUUAAAACUUGAAAUACAAAAUAAGAGAUCAGACAUUAAAACUUCAGAGCAGCAAUCUUUUGAUGAAAGAUUAUCAUCAAUCGCUGGACAGUUAGUAAAUAAUUUCGAAAGUAAUACUAUUACUAAACCUGUACAGCAGAAAAAUAAAAGAAGCGGUUCCAGUAAAUGGUUAUGCGAAGAGUAUUUCUUGAAGUUGCGUUUGUUUGAAAUGUUGGAUCAACUAAGAGACUGUAAUAGGGCAAAACUUGCUAGGAUAAAAGAAAUAUUAGUGGAUUUAUUUGGGGAUGAUAGUGAUGAUGAGGGAGUGAUGUCACCCUUGGAAGAAACUCAAGAGUUCAUAACAAGUUGUAAAGAGCGUAUAGCGCCAUGGGUUGUUAGAACAUUGACCCCUUUCUAUAUUAAAGGUGGGAUAAAAGGGAAAGCACUAUUUAAAUCUGUAGCCAAACAUUUGAUAAGACUUAUAUAUCAGUGCAGUAAAUAUCCAAGUGAAUAUGAAGUAAAGAGCUUUGUAAGUGAUUUUCUGGAAAGUCAUAAAAAAAUAAGAUGUGAAGCCGACUUUAAGCAAUUCCGAAUAGAAAAUAUUUAA